UCAACUUUGACGUCUCUUCCAACGGGAGGUCAUUUGUUUUUAGUCCGGCAAAACGCUAAAAAUAUCCGGCUAAACUCAUUGAUUAGCGGAUAAAUUAUUAAAGAUUAAAAAAACAAUGGAUAAUCCACAAAUUAAAUAGUUCAUCGACUAUAUUUGCAUUUGAUACUUUAUUUUUUUAUUUGAAAGAAAAUGGCUGAAAUCAACUUAGCCCUCACUAAAGAAGGCUGGUACCUUACAGACGAAGGAAUAGAGGAGUUGAAAGGCACUUCUGAGAACCCCUCAGCUAAUUACAUUAUUCGCGUUGCACUCAAUAGUGACUUGAGGCCUAUUGGCAGGAAGUUUCUCCCUGUGGACAUCAACAGUGGCCGGGUGGAGAAGUUGGAGGGUCCGUGUGUGCUGCAGGUUCAGAAGGUGAGGAACGUGUCGGCUCCCAAGGACAACGAGGAGUCUCAGGGAGCCCCCAGGAUGCUGAGGCUUCAGAUGACAGACGGACACACCAACGCUGUGGGCCUCGAGUUCACACACCUGUCCCAGAUCAGCCUGAACACCCCUCCAGGAACCAAGGUGAAGGUCCUUGGUACGGUCCAGGUGAAGAAUGGCAUUCUGCUUCUGGACGACUCCAAGAUCUCCGUCCUCAGAGGGGAGGUCGACCACAUGAUGGAGAAAUGGGAACUGCAAAGGAGCUUGGCCAAACACAGCAGGAGUAACAUCGGAAGAGAAGGUGGAGCCCCUCCCUUCGUGCCCUUCGGACAGAAGUGUGUAAGGAAUGAGGAAGUGGACUCCAGAGAGCUGGACACCAGGAAGACUCUGGUCAGCACCAGUGUGGUGAAGACGGCUGACGAGAACGAAGAGUUUGAGAAGCAGAGGCUAGCAGCCAUCGCUGAGGUGGCCAAGAACAAAGAGGGAACUCGGACGUUUGGCGGCGGAGGCAAUGCUGGCGGGAACCUCGUUAAUACAGGCGGUCGGGACCGACGAGGAGGAGGAGACCGAGGAGACAGGGACUCGUACCGGCAGAGACGAGAGGAGAGGACGGAGGAGUCCAGCCGUCCAGAGGGAAACUACAGAGAGCUCGGGAGUUACCGGGAACAACCAAACUACCGGGAACUAGGAAAUUACCGCGAGCUGGUGGAUGAGCGGGCCCUAAGGGACAUUAUGGAGAUGGGGUUUGAUAAGGAGGAUGCUCGUCAGGCCCUGAUGGACAACAACAACAACAUGGAGGUGGCUCUCAACAGUCUACUGACGGGGACCUUCAAACCCCCCCCACCCCCCGAGGAACCCAGCAGACCCCCACCCAGAGCAGACAGAGGAAGGGGUCGUGGCCGGGGUCGGGGUCGGUCCAGUAGGUUUGGGGGUGAGGAUGAGGAGGAGGGAGCAGGAGGAAGACCGUCAGGACCCAGCACUCUGUUCGACUUCCUGGAAUCCAAGAUGGGGAGCUUCUCCCUACAAGAGCCAAAGAGCCAGUCCUCCCAGAGGCAUCACGAGGGUAAGAUGACGUUCCCUCCUAACAGCCAGUCCCAGGACAGGUACCCCCAACGCAGCGACAGCCGCAACGACAGGUCAGACGGGAGGAACGACUGGUCCAGGAACGACAGAUCACGGAAGGAGAGAAACGAGAGGAACGACAGAUCAGACUUCAGGAACGACAGGAACGACAGACCACCUCGUUUCCAGAGGGAUAGUGACAAGGAUUUCCCUAAACCUGGGCACGACCCCUCCAUCGCCACAUCCACCCCUUCCCCAGCCCCAGCUCCAGCAGGGAGCCGGCAAGGCCAGGAGAGAGCCCAGGACAGAGGCCAGGAAAGGGGCCAGACACAGGAGAAGGCCCCUCCUGGAGGUGGAGGAGGGUCAGAGAGGUGGAGAGAGGCCCAGCAUGAGAGACAAACAGCCAGGGAGGCCAGAGGACAGACAUCCGUGUUCUGCCCUGCUGCUACGUACCCCGCCCCCGGCCAGCGGAACAGAGAACCCAGAGACGGAACCCAGGGGGAUUCUUCUGGUUCUAGAACCUUCCAGCAGGGAAUCAGAGUAGGUUCUAGUUCUGGUUCCGGAGGGUUCCAGAACCAAAGUCGGAGAGAGCAGCACUCGGUACCCGAUCUGUCGUUUAAUAAGAGAGGAGGAGGAGGAGGAGGAGGAGGGAUGAAGCAGGACAACGGACCUGCACCAGCUGCCUCUAAACCAGGCCAGCACCAGACAGAGUCCAGUUCUAACUGUGUAUCAGAACCUAAAGGGGUCCAGAGAUCUGACAGCGGAACAGACAACAGAGCUGAGCCCAACAGCAGACGGAGAGGAGGAGGAGGGAAGUCCCACAGGGAAAGGCCCAACUCUGACAACUUUGACCGUUACCGGGACAACGGACCGUCUAACUCUUCAACGUCGUGGGCGGGGCAAGAGAAGGACUGUAGCGCCGGGACGCAGGACUGGGGCGUGUCCCGUGGCGAGUCUCGUCCAGUGAAAGGCCAAGUGGGCAGCGGCCCAGGCACGGGGCCACACCUCCAAAACGGUGACUCGUCAACGGAACACCGGACAGGGACAAUCAAACAACAGAACUACUCCUCUGGUCCCGCCCCCAGGGAGAGGGAGGAGCCACACAACAGGAACAGCACUAACCCCGCCCAUAACAACUCCAACACCGCACCUAAGAAGAGAACGGGGCAGGUCAAAGGGCAGAGGUCAGACCAGAGGUCAGACCAGGGGCAGGUUGGGACCAUGGAGCCUGCAGUGGCUCAAGGCCUGGGGAACUUGAAACCAGGAGACCAGGUUCUAGCGCUCUACUGGGAAGACAACAAGUUCUACAGGUCCAGGAUAGAUGCUGUUCAUCCCUCUGGUCUCACGGCCGUCGUGGUCUUCACUGAGUAUGGAAACUGUGAGGAGGUCCUUCUACACAACAUCAGACCGGUCAGCACGGACUUCUGGAAGGAAGAGGAGGGGCUAGAGUACCGGCGCGGGGGAGACGGGCAGCCUAGGACCACCACGAGGACGCGGCCCACGGUCCAGUAUUACCAGCCGCCCAGGGCCAGGGACUGACUGACCACAUCAUGACUGAGUUACGACGGAAUCUACAAAGGAUCCCAGAGGUCGACGCAUCUGACCUCAAAAACCCACAUCUUUCUUCUCUCGGGGGUUGCAAAAUUCCCGCGACUUUCCCAGGUUUUUUCCCAGAAAUCCCUGUUUUGGAGGAUUCCACGUCCUUAUUGUUCCCUCCUGAUUCCACAGAAUCUUUCAACUGUUGAUUUCUGAAAAACGGACUUUUGGGAAAGUUAGUGGGAUUUUUUUUGCAGGCCUUCUCUCCUCUUCACCAAAUACACGAUGACCGACUCUUCCUCUGUGUCUUCCUCUGUGUUCACUUUGUGUCUCCAUAUCAAGAAGUGUGAAACAUUCAGGAAAAGGGCUUGUUGCUCAAAAAAGAGGCUGACAACGAGGACUCUAGCUAACAGACUUUGUGAAGCGCACAGCCGCUGUACACGGGGAAUAUUUGUAAAAUAGUUUAUUAUUAGACAAAUAAAAAUACUGCUCCUGUA